AUGCCGUUGAAGGAGAGAGCAGUUUGGUGGGUUUUGCUAAUGAGCUCAUUGAUUACUCUCAGUCAGUCGACUAGACUGAAUGUUCCCAAGCUGCUGUUACCUCUCAGCACUCAUGUGCCUGUGAACAUCACACUGACAGCACAGAGAGGAUGCUACAAAUGGGUGUCCUCUCAACCUGACAGGGUCAGGGUGUAUCCUCUCUCUGCAGUCAGCCCUCCAGUUCCACUGCCCCUCUCCUCCUGUAGUCAGCAGUGUUUGGUGUCAGCUCUGUCCUCCCCCCAGGGUGUCCCUAUUCAUAGUGUGGUCCAGGCACAAGAUCCUGUGACAGGUCACAUUCUGCGCUGUGAUGUCAUCAUUGAUCGGAUUGAAAGAAUUCAGAUUGUCACAACCACUAGACAGCUUUAUACUGAUGACCCACCCCUGCAAUUAUUUGUCCAGGCGUUUGACACUAAAGGAAAUACAUUUAGCUGUCUAGCAGGCUUGAAGUUUAAUUGGUGGCUGGCAAAGGAGCCUGAAGCAAUACAGACAGUGAGGUUUGUGCGUUACCAUGAUUCUGGGUACAUUACUCAACCUCAUAUCCUGGCUCUAGAAGAUGCUGGUGAGAGGGGUGAGAAUGUGCUACUGCAUGGGAUCCACAGCGGCUCAGCACUCGUAAAAGUGUCUUUUAUGCACCCAGAGCAUAAGCAUGUGGAAGCAGCCAAUGUGACUUUGUUUGUGGUAGACAGACUACACCUGAGUCCAGCAGGGGAUACCUACCUGCUACGAGGCUCGACUAUUAAAUACAAUAUGUGGAAAACAGAGCAAGAGGGGGAGACUGAGGUCACUCUGUCUGAAGAGGGAUACAGUCUGGUUGUGGAUGGAUACAAAAGAAGAAUGUAUAAUGACAUCAUCUGGGUUGACUGGGACACAGCUACUAUAACCGCUCUCAAGCUGGGUCAUGCGGCACUAACCGUUGUGCACAAUACUGAUGACUCAGAUCUGCCCCCUGAAAUAAUCUCCCACCUCCCUCACACUACUGUACAUGUGGUGGAGCCCAGAUACAUGACAUUGAGUAUAAAAGGGGAAGAGGACAUAUGGGUGUUAGAGACAGGAUGGCAGUAUUAUUUGACUGUCCGUAUCCAUGACAACGAGGGCCAUGUGGUUCACCUUUCACAGAAUGCAGUGAUUGUUGUCGAGGAGACUGAGGGGUUCAUGACUGUGGAUUCUUCUUCUGAUCCCUCCUGCCACCUCCUGCAGACCCUUAAGACAGGAAAGACCUUAAUACAGGCCUCACUUUAUAGCGUCAUCUCAGAGGAUGGUGAAAAUUGGCCUGUCGUCCCACCAAUCAGAGCGCAACAGGAAGUGAAUAUCUACAGUCCCCUUACCCUGCAGCCCUCUGUUAUUGCAUUUCCAUGGCAACCCCACAAUAAGCUUUACCAGCACAAUAUUCAGGUGGAGGGAGGUAGUGGCUCUGUGACGUGGGAUGUGUCUGAUAGUGAAAUUGCCACAGUAACAGUAAAAGGGGAGGUCCUAGCAGGAAAAAGGAGGGGCAAGACUGAAAUUCAUGCUUCAGAUUCCAAAAACCAGCUACAUAAAGCAGUCGCAAAGGUGAUGGUUGUGAUGCCUGGCCGAAUGAAGCUCAUGCUCCAGAGGGCUGACUGCCGUGUGGGGGACAGGAUAGACCUUCCCUUGGCUCUGUGGGGCAUCCAGGACCCCUCAGACUCUUACUCUCAGACCCACAACUCUCUGCUGGAGGAGAGAAAUCUUGUGCCAGUCACAGACUGCUCUCUGCUUUCUCUGCACAUCCACACUGAACCCACUGGUGUCUUCACACACGUGCCAGGGUCUCUGUCACCAGGUGCUGGAUUCUGUGGAGGGGUCCAUUUCAAGGCUCUUUCAUCUGGUCACGCUGUUGUUACUAUCUCAGUGGAAACAGAGGCAUGCAGCAUCAGUGAGACGACAAGACUAGUGGCCUACAGCCCUCUUAAAUCGCUUGUGUCUGAGGUUAUGCUUUCAGUGGGCUCAUCUCGUAUGGUUGCAUUUGAGGGGGGUCCUCAGCCCUGGCCCCUGGCCCCAUUCCGUUUCUAUAGUUAUGUCGAGGCCCAGCCAGCAGGGGGUGUUAUCGUGAAGGCACUGAGUCCUACCAAAGCAUGGCCACCUCGACAUGCGUAUCAGGUCAUGUGCACCGCUGUGGGAGAACAGUGGUUGGUCUUUAGGUGUGGAAAUACUCCAGGCUCAUUAAACGAGAUGCCCGCAGUCGAGGAGAGCAGAGUUCAGGUGGCAUGUGGCGUACCUGCUAGUCUCUCUCUUUCUCUUCUCUCCUCCUCUCCUUCAUCCGUCCCUCUGUUCUCCCACCACUUCUCUUGUACUCAGCCUCAGUACCCCUGUGGACCGUUGUCUGUGUCCAGCAGUAGGGAUGCUACGUUGCAGUUGUCUGUGUUCGACCAGAAGGGGGUGCAGUUUGAUAAUUUCACCUCCUGCUCAGUGAGGUGGACAUCCUCUGACCCUGUUCUCCUCUCAGUGUCCCUCCAAUCCACAAUGAAUGUGGCUGACAAACCAAAUCAGACAGGCUACAAACUACACGCAUGGCAGGUGCUUCAAGCCCAUGGACAGACAGGAACCGUGACUGUCAAUGUCACUCUCAGCUGUCCAGAGAUUUGGACAACUCCAGUGUCUCAGUGUGUGAAUUUGCAGUUGGUUGACAACGUGCAGUGGGACAGACACUCUGUCACUCUGUUCAACCAUCCAAAAGUCACAGAAAAUCUGUCCUUGAUCCAUGGCUCAGGUCACUUUCAGGUCUAUCUACAUAACAAGGAGUUGGCCAACAUCACCCAUAUGGAGAACACCAAUAUAGUACAGGUGUCCCCACUUCAGCCUGGUUCUUCCACUCUCUUGGCUCGUGACCUCUGUCUGUCUGAUUCUGCUGAAGCAUCCUUCCUAAUUUCUGACAUCACAGAUUUCCAGAUUGACUUCUUGGAUAUUGUUGAGGUCAGUCACACUGCUUCAGCGCGAGUGCGCAUUCUGGACUCGAACAAUCAGCCAUUUCUCCAUCACUUCCUGUCGCUAAUGAAUCUCACGCUUAUCCCUUCUUCAUCCAUCAUUUCUGUCGAGGAGGCGGGGCUAGAGGACAGGUACUCUUUGGGCUUCCAUGUGACAGGUCUUGAAGUCGGCGUGGUCAGUCUUCACGUCUCAGCGGUGGAUGGUCAUGGCCGUGUUAUAAGCUCCUCCCACAAGAAUAUGCAAGUUUACCCACCAUUAAAUCUGCGGCCCCGUAAACUCACUCUGGCAGUUGGAAGUGUGCGACAGGUGAAAUGGGAGGGAGGGCCUCACCCUCAGUCCAGUGUUGGUUUCUCUGUGAGUGACAGUUCUAUCGCUGUGGUGUCAGAGACAGGAUUGGUCAGAGGUGUGUCAGUGGGUGUGAUCAAACUCAGAGGAGCUCUGCAAACUGUAACACAAGAUACAGGAGCACAGCUUACUUUUGCACAGGAUGAAGUAGAGGUGGAGGUGUUUGACCUGAUAGCAGUGCGGAUACAGGCUCCUUUAGACACUCUGUCUCUAGGAACAGAGAUGCCCGUUUAUGUGAUGGGCAGUGACAGCAGUCAGAAUCCUCUGGCUCUGGGCAGUGUUGAGUCUGGCCUCAGUUUCCACUGGAGUCUGAGUAAAGUGGGUGUGCUGGAGAUCAAGCCAAGGCACACAGAGGUGGGUGUUGGCGUGUCUCCCUUUCAUCGUUUCUCUGUGCUGGUAAGGGCUGAAGCUCCAGGUAAGACCAGCCUUAAAGUGUGUGUGCAGCUUGAACAGAUACACAGCAGCAACACGACACUCUCUCAUCAUCUCACUGAUGAGAUACAGAUACUGGUGUUUGAAGAGACGCAGUUAGCCACAGGGAGUCCCGGAUUCAUCCUCAUGUCCCCUCACUCUCAGUACCCCCUACAGAGCAAUAAAGACUUAAUCUGUCCAGUCCGUUAUGCCCUUAGCCAGUGUGUGUCAGGGGCAGGCCUUGUUACUGUUGAUGAUCAGGGAGUACUGAAGACAGGGCCUUAUGUAGGAGUUGCCCUUUUGGAGGUUUUUGCCAUGGACAUUUGUGGUAUCAACCAAACACUGCUAAUCAAUGUGAAGGUGUCGGCAGUGUGGUUUGUGCAUGUUUUGGCUGUGACAUCCCUGAAGAGUGACGGUGAGAGAGCUCUGCCUGCCUUCCCUCUGGGCUGGAGUAUUCGUAUCAUGGCUUUCUACUAUGACAUCCUGGGACAACAGUUCCACUCUCAUAAUAUACAAACUCAGGUUACCACUAACAGAGAUGACCUGGUGCAAGUGAUAGCUGACAAAGACAGUCACUUGUUUCUGGUGGAGACUGUGUCCCCUGGUCUGACUGUUUUGAGGGUACAGGGGGACCCUAUAAACCCAUCUCUGAGCGAUUACACCCCUCUGCUAGUGCUGCCUGCCAUCUCAGAGCCCCAUGGAUCACUGCGACCUGGAGAUGUCAUCUGCUUUAGCACUCCGAUUACAGACCAGCAUGGUCAGCAAGGCAGAUGGGAUGUGUCAUCAAGUCAGAUCCUUCAGAUGAACUCAGAGACUGGAGUGGCAUUUGCAAAGAAUUCUGGGACAGUAGUGGUAUACUAUAGGAUGGAAUGGGGGCAGCAAACCUUUCGAGAGGUCAUGGUGGAGUCUGCAUCCUCUCCUGUAGUCAUUCUUCCUGCUGAUAGGCUCCUCACUAACUGGCCUAAAGCUUCAGAAUACACAAUCAAAGUAGAUCUCAACAACUCUGCUGCAAACACUGCUCUAUGUACUCUGGACCAGUGGGAGACCAUAGAGAAAAAGCUACAGCCUGAGAAAGAGCUGCAGUGCUCCAUACACUUCAGCGCCCCCUACCAACAGCUCAAAAUACUGCAGGCUAUGUUUAAUGCAUCACCAUUCUACGAUAUAGACACUGCUCAGUACAGUUGCAAGAUCUCUGCACUGCCCCAGUCAGACUCCAUCCUCCAUCACAUGUCCACUCUUCCACUCUCUGUCUAUCUGUCUGUCUCUCUGAAGACUCAAUCUCCCCUAGACACUCUUCUUCCACUCCCUUUCUCACCUCUCUCUUUACAGUCUUCUGUUUUGCUCCCGUAUGUGCCAGCAUUCCAUUGUCCUGUCACCCAGAUCAACCUUUCCUCCCAGCAGCCUGUGGCUGACAUCCCUGUGUUUGGCACCAGAGACAUGCUCAGUACACUGAGGGUCCACUCAGAGACCGCAGACAUCAUUAUAUCUGAGCCCACCCAUUCAGAUGAAGAUCCCACCCUCCUCCUUAUUUCAGUCUACUCAACCUCACACUUCCUGAAUCAGGCACCUUAUACUGGAAACAUCAUCCUGUACACAGUUCUCACCCCACAGACACAUUUUGUGAUGGUGACCAGCCUGAUGGGCAGCCAAGAGUCAGGUCAACUUGGAGCUCAUUCAAAUUCUGGACAUUUGUUUAUGCUGACAUUUGCUGUGUUUGCUGUACUGGCCACCACUGCCAUACUUCUCAUAGCACACAAUACCAUGCUGUCUCGCAUACAGACUGUACCUGCACAGUGCGUGCCCUCUGCUAUUACAGAAGUGGACAAAAAAUAUUUCUUUCCAUGGAUCACACCAUCACCACCAACAGACAGAACACUGCGGAGAAGACAGUGGCUCUGGAGUACUCAAUAG